AAGAGAAUGGAUAACAUUACAGCAAGUGAAGUAGCUGGCUUGGCAGUGGGUGCUCUCCUCUUCUCUGCCACCCUUGCUGCCACCAAAGUCGAUGCGUUCUUUUCUUCUUCUCAACGCAGUUCAUUGGGGAUGUGCAAGCGAUGUGGCAACCUGAGGAGAUUGGCUUGUUCCACCUGCAAAGGAACAGGGUCUAUUAGAGAAGGGGGAUUAUUUGGUAUGAAGCCUGUUGAGGAUUUGUUUGAAACAAUUGAUAACAGUGAAUCAAAGGUGAAGCAGAUAGCAUGUGUAAAAUGUCAAGCCAAAGGUUAUUUUUCAUGUCCUAAUUGUUCUGAACUAUAACCACUCUUGUUUUAUCUGCUUCCAAUUAUAACAUUGUUAAUUAUGAUUAUAUCUCUUCAUAUGUGGUGGUAUGAAACCCCAUUAUCUUCUGCUCCUGCUUUAGAUUCGCUUUAUACCUUGUUUGCUAAAACUAUAGAAAUUAUAUGUACCGCUUUGCCUGGAUUGGAUUCUUGGUGUGUUUUAUUGUUAAUGUUGUUGAUGUUGUUAAUCAAUUACAUUUGUUUAUA